UGAUUUCGUUGUAUUGUUGGGUUGCUUGGCACUAGACGGAAAAUGGGACCAAAGAAGGCAGUUCAAAUUGAAACUCCGGAGCCAGCCACUGAAAAGGCAAUCAAAGCGACCAAAAAGGCGGCUGCGGAGCCAACGGAGUCUGCAGACGACCCGGUGGCCUCCAAGAAGCACCCCUCCUGCAUGGUCAUGCUGCAAGAGGCGCUGAAGGAGCUGGAUAAUCGGAAGGGAGUCUCGGGGCAAGCCGUGCGCAGCUACAUCACGGAGAAGUACCCCACCGUCGACGCUCUCCGCCUCAAGUAUAUGGUUCGGAGGGCGCUUGCCAAGGGUCUGGAAACGGGCACCGUGGUACGGGCCACCAAUUCGGCGAAUGCCGCUGGCGCCCAAGGAAAAUUUCGGCCUGGGAAGAAGGACAAGGAGAAGCCGUCUGCCAAGAAGGAGAACGCCGACCCCAACAAACCUAAAAAAGCCGCCAAAGCCCAGAAGGCCAAGGGCGACGAAGAAGAUUCCAAAGUCGUUAAAAAGGCAAAGGUGGGGGCAGACAAGGAUGGAGCCUCUUCUAAGCCCAAGCCCAAGAAGACUAGCGAGGCCAAGGGCGCCGCGGCCAGUAAGGUGGCUCCGGCUAAGAAGCCAAAGGCCAAAGCCGCAGCUGCCUCCUCUGAGGAUGGGGGACAGGAAGAGGGCACCGCUGCCAAGCCGGCCGCCACAAAGAAGGGAGCCGCGAAGACCCUGAAGGGUGCCAAGGAUGGAGAGGGGAAGGGUGCCAAGAAGGGUGGUAAGGAUGCAGAGGAGAAGGAUGGGGAGCAGACCGCCAAGGAGGUGAAGGCGGCUAAGAAGGGCGCGAAGGAUGGAGAGGGCAAGGGGGCCAAGAAGGGUGCUAAGGAUGCAGAGGGCAAGGAUGGGGGAGAGGGAAAGGCCCAAAAGACUGCAGAGGAAGGGGAUGGAAAAGGCAAACGAAAAAGGGGUGCCACUGCCGAAUAGCACUACUGUUUUGGGUUUUGUUUCCCCCGUGUUCUGUUUUAUUUGAAUAAUUAAAUCAGUAUUUUUAUAGAUGUGUUCUAAAAAAUAAAGGGUUUUAUUGAGCUAUA